AUGACAGUGACCAAACGCAAGCAAAAGCCUCGGGACACGGGCGGUCCGGAUGCGGUCGCGUCGAUCCCAGCGCUCGAGAGCGGCAUGAAGGCCUCGUGCGACUCGUGUUCGGCCGACAUCACCCACUCGGUCCAUGUACGAUGCGCCGAGACGCUCACGUCGACCUCGGAACGUCUGACCUGUCCCGACUUUGAUCUGUGUGUGCCCGUAGGUCGCCGCGACGUAGACUGCCCCGUGUCACCCGUUUCACCCGUUUCGCCCGUCGAGCACCAAACACCGAACGCGACGCUGACCUGCACAUCUCACACCCCGCAGUGCUUUCUGUCGGGCAAAUCAGUCGGACCGCAUCGAUCGCACCACGCGUACCGCAUCAUCUCGUCCCAUGCGUUCCCCAUCUUCACCAACGACUGGGGCGCCGACGAGGAACUGCUCCUGAUCGAAGGCGCCGAGAUGUACGGCCUCGGAAACUGGGCCGACAUGGCCGAACAUGUCGGAGGGCGCACCAAGGAGGAAUGCGAACAACACUACUUGCACACUUAUGUUUGGUCAACCGAGUACCCUUUGCCCGUGAGCUGUGCACAACUCAUCUCUCUCGAGCACGAAUCCGAUACCGACCCUGACGAAUGUCGCUCGGAACCCCCAGACCAUCGCCUCUGACUUUUCCGACGAUCAAGAAGCGUUUCAAAAGAGGAAAAAGGCGAGGUUGCAAGAAUUGCAAUCCCGACCUGUUCGUAAGUCACCCCCCAAGUCCUAGCUCAUCCAGGCCCCAUUCUCACAAGCCUCCUCCCCACUAACCUGAAACGAACGAAAACGCUCCCCUCAACCUCAGCCCUACCCCCACCGAAACCCAUGGCUUCGGCCCCGACCUGCCACGAGAUCGGCGGAUUCAUGCCCGGUCGUUUGGAGUUCGAGACCGAGUACGAGAACGAGGCCGAGGUGUUGAUCAAGGAUUUGGAAUUCGGCAAGGUCUAUGCGUUCGGGGGAGCGGCCCAACCGGCGAGUUUGGAGGAGGUACAGGGAACCGAAGGUGCGCAAGGUGGGAGAGAGGUACCUGUUGUAGAAGACAAGGAAGCUACAGGGACGGAGGGAAAAGAAAAGGACAAAGAGGACGAAGCAGGGUCAGAAGCAAGAGUCGUCGAAGAGACCGCAGCACAUGCAGACGAAGAGCCCAAGCUCAUCAAAGGGGAAACGACCGAGGAGGCCGUCGAUGAAGAAGCAGAGCCAGAAGCCGAAGUAGAAACCGAAGAACCCGCUUCCACAGCCGACAAGACGACCAAAGUCGACGAAACACCCCCGAUGGGCCAAGCACCCGGCGACGAGGCGCAGGAGGACCUCGAGCUCAAGUUGACUUUAUUGGACAUGUUCAACGAGCGGUACGACAAGCGCAUGGCCGCCAAGGAGCUCAUUGCCGAUCGUGGCUUGAUCAAUUACAAGCAGGCGAGUCGGUGCCACCCACAGGGAACAUCAUAAUCAACAUACCAUUGGCUAAUCAUAAAUUUGUGACCGUUUUCGUAGAUCGUCGUCAACGAACGCAAACGGACCAAAGAAGAACGUGACUUGAUCCUGCGCGCCAAACCCUAUGCUAAAAUCCAAACCGCUCUGGACCACGAAACCUUCGUCGACGGACUCUUGCACGAAGCGGCCCUUCGCAAGCGCAUCUCUGAACUUCAGGAAUACCGCCGCAUGGGCGUCACCUCGAUCGCGGAUGGCGAACGAUACGAGCAUGCGAAAGCGCAACGGGCGGCGAGGUUGGGUUACCGGGAUCCUUUGGGUCAUUUGAGUCGAUCGAGGAAUGGGAUACUGUCCGCCACACCGACCGUCUUCAAACCCGCCAUCAGUGGCGCACCCUCCCGUCCUCCGACAUCGACGCCUCCCGCUUUGACACUCGCCAGUGCCUCCUCCUUACACCUCUUGACCGUUUUGGAACAACAACUCUGUUCGACCUUGAGAAUCCUUCCCAAACCCUACUUGUUCCUCAAAGAGACCUUGUUGAGGGAGCGGGCUCGGAGAGGCGCGCAAAUGACCAGUCGCGAAGCGAGGGACUUCAUCGUCAAGAAGCCGAAACUUCCUUCGAGCUUUGUCAUGGGCGAGGACGGAUCGAUGGCCGUCGUCGAAGGGGAGGAGGAGGACGUGACGAUGCAGAACGGGAUCGAGGUCGAGGACGAGUGGGGGGAAAAAGUUGAAAGGGUUUUCGAGUUCCUCGUCGAUACGGGUAGUUUGAACGCCAAAGAGGCGGUCGGGGUAGCUCACGAAGUGAACGGGUCCUCGGUCCCGAAUGGGAUGAUGAGCGAUCUCAGACCGACGGCGGCGACGCUCGACGUGAUCAUGUCGAAUGGGGACGGUGGGACGGAGCAUAUACAGUCCAGUCAAUAA